AUGUUCACCCUGCAUUCCCUGACAAGCGCCCCUCUUCAGAGGGAAACGUGCCGUCGAGCAUUCGGGCAAACUUUCGACGACGACGACGACGACGACGAGUGCGGCGCUCGAUCCGAUCGGCAUCGACAAUCGAUGGUCGUGGUGAUCGCCGAUGCGGUCGUCCGUGAGGCGAGCGAGAGAGCAAGAUUCGCGUCGUUGUCGAACGAGGUCUCCAUGCUCAACGAUCGACGGUACACCGACGGACAGCUGCCUACAGAUGUAAUCGCGAAAACUGCUGUUGCGUUCGGCAAAAAAUGCAACUCGCUGGCCAACUCGAAAGCAGGGUACUUCUCGAGAGGAGAGCAGAGUAGAGCAGAGCAGAGGAGAGAAGCUGAGGCGCUGGCGAGGAGGACGAGGCGAUGGCCGCCCUCUCGUUUACCAAACGGCUAG